AUGGUGCCAGUCAUUAACGGCCGCACCCUUUUCAAUGAGAUACCCACCGGUAGGUAUCCCGUUCCAGGAAAGACCACCAUUCACGAUACAUCCCAGACGAUUGACUUGGACAAUGUACCGCUGGAAGGCGGCAUCCUCGUCAAAACACUUGUUUUGUCGAUUGAUCCUUAUCUUCGAGGACUCAUGAUAGAGCCUGAUCCGAAGAACUACGCGGCGACCUUUCACAUAGGAGAGCCGAUCUCCAACUUUGGGGUCGGCGUCGUGCUUAGGUCCGAAGACUCUAGCUUCGAGAAGGGAGAUCAUGUGUAUGGAAUACUUACUUUUGAAGAAUAUAUCGUCAAGAAGGACCCCACCUCUCUCAGUAAGCUGCAGAACGCAGGUCUUCCAUGGGAGCUUCACGUAGGCACGCUCGGGAUGCCAGGACAAACGGCGUACUUCGGGUGGAAGGAGUACUCCGCAGCCAAGAAGGGAGACACGGUCUUUGUGACUUCUGCAGCUGGCCCGGUGGGAAGCCUUGUUCUCCAGCUCGCCAAGUUGGACGGUCUCAAAGUGAUCGCAUCGGCCGGCAGCGAAGAUAAAGUUGACUUCGUUCGCAGUCUUGGUGCAGAUGUCGCGUUCAAUUACAAGACUUCAAGCACGAAGGAAAUACUAGAGCGCGAGGGACCUAUUGACGUAUACUGGGAUAACGUUGGCGGCGAGGUUCUUGAUUUAGCGCUCGUGAACUCAAGUGUCGGCGCUCGUUUCAUCCAAUGCGGCGCGAUUGCUAUGUACAAUGACACCUCAUUGCCCGGAAUAAAGAACUACGACUAUAUCAUCAGGAAGCGACUCACCGUGCAAGGGCUCAACGUUGUGGCUCUCGCCCCAAAGUAUUCAGAGGAGUUCUAUCGCAUUUUGACUCCAUUGAUCAAAGAGGGGAAGAUAAAGCAUCGGGAAGAUGUUUCUAAAGGUCUGGACACUGCAGGGCAAGGCAUUGCAGAUGUUCAACGAGGGACCAACACCGCGAAGAAGGUUAUCUUGGUUGCGGAAGAGUGAAUUUGGUCAGGGUUUAUAACCAGACGACAUGCAAUUUCUCAGCGGACUUUGAGUCGCUAUAGCCUAUUUCUGCGAUUCAGUAGUUGUCUCACUCACCCUCCAUAACUUUGAGCCUGGGACUUAAACUCGAAGUCAUUACUCG